AUGAUGAGUGUAAACAUUAGUCUAUUAGUCGAUUUUUUGAUUCAAAAAGCCAGUGUUAUUCUUCAGCCACCGGUAAAUGGUGACUUUUGUUUGUUGUUGAAGCUUUUCAACCUGUGGUUGGGCGAUAAAAUUUUGCCUGACAUCAAGGUGUCACUUGACGAAUUGCAUCAUAUGAUCGUGGAAAUCAACCUGCUAUCACCCAGAUCUGUUCUACUAGAUGAAGAAGGACCAAGUGCUUUGUCUAGUGUCAAGACUUUCAAAAUAAGUUGGAUUUUUGAUGUUCGUCUUCAUGCUCUUCGAGACCGGCUUGACGGAAAAGCAAUUAAGGAAAACAACUUCAAAUUGAAACAUAAAAGUAGACAAAAGGAUCCGUUGAAGCAGCUACUGAAAAUGUUAUCAGAUAAGAAUACCACGAAGAAAAUUGAUGAACAAGUAGGUGGAUUAUCGAUGGAAGUGUGCACCAAGUUUUUACAAGAACCAACGGCGAUGGUCAAGUUGGCCAGAGAGAAGGCUCGCUUGACAACGCCAUUCAAGCCAAUUUUCAAAGUGUGCCAAAACGAUAAGCACAGCAAAGUGCUUGCUAAUGUCUGCUUCAGUAAGAAAGAUAUCGUGAAUGCUGUAACCCGUAAUAUCCACAUGCCAGGUACCAGCUUACACAAGAUUUUAUUCCAGUAUCGGUCGUUGAUGUCUCCAGAAAUCUAUGCUUGCUCCCAAGAAAAAACCCACAAUCUCCCCAUCAAAUUCUCAAAUUCUGAAACGUCUCCAGGAGAUUGCUCCUACUUGGAUACAUGCCAUAAAAUGAGAAGCUGCCGCUACCUUCAUUACUAUACUUUGACUCCAACAAAACAGCCAGAAAAGCCGCCAUUGAACAAUAAGGUUGAUCUUUCCGAGUAUACCAUUGGUCAAUGUUACACAAGUGAGUUUAGAGAAGUAUCAGCUCCACAGUGGAUCUCUUGUGAUGUCAGAUAUUUAAAGUUUCCUCUUCUUGGAAAAUUUGCAGCCAUUAUCUCAGACCCUGCGUGGGACAUCCACAUGUCUUUACCAUACGGAACGUGCAAAGAUUUGGAGCUCAUGUCCCUACCAGUAGACAAGCUUCAAGAUGAGGGCAUAAUAAUUCUUUGGGUAACGGGGAGGUCAAUUGAUGUCGGUCGUAAAGCAUUGCACAAGUGGGGGUACAGAAUGUCUAACGAGAUGAUCUGGAUUAAACUCAACCAGUUAAAGCGAACUAUAGUCACAGGAAGAACCGGUCACUGGCUCAACCAUUCUAAAGAGCAUUUGUUGGUGGGCGUGAAAGGCAACCCACCUUGGCUCAACCGGUUAAUUGACGUUGAUACUAUAGUGAGCGGCACGAGAGAAACUCUGAGAAAGCCAGAUGAAGUUUACGAUAUGGUUGAAAGAAUAGUAGGCAAGCAUUCUCGAAAGCUAGAGAUAUUUGGGCGGGACCAUAAUGUCCGUCCAGGAUGGCUUACCAUAGGAAACCAGUUGACUGGAGUGUCGUUGCAAGAACCGAUGUUACUUGAAGCUUACGAUGAUCUUCUUGAACGCAAAUAA